UCAUCUGCAUUAACUCCAAGGCCAAAGCUCCAAGAUACACAAUCUUCAGCAUCACUCCAGAAACAUAAGCUUCAAGACUGUGAUUGGAAACCUUGUCGACAGGUUAGAAGUGUGAAAUCAUGCGAGCUGACUUCAAGGUCAAAGCUCUGUGAUAUAAAAUUUAUGCCAUUGAAAUCUAGGCUUUGCAUGCAUGAUAGGAAAUCUACUAAACUGACUGCAAAACCAAAGCUUCAAGAAGUGAAACCCUUACAGUCAUCCCCAGGAGCACAGCUUCAGGGUGUGAAUUCUCUGAUGCUUAUGGAAGAUCCACAGCUUCCUGGUGUGAAAUCUGGGGUAUUAAGCCAAGGGUCACAAUUACAAAGCAAUACAACUAGAGAAUUGAACUCCCUACACUUGACAAGCACGAAGUCAUCUGAAUUGACUCUUCAGACAAAGCCUCAAGGUGUGAAAUCUGAGAAUUUCAACUCUGGGUCACAGUGGCAUGAUCGAAAACCUUCUAAGUUGUCACCUGAGAUAAAGCCCCAAGAUAAGACAUUUACUGAAUUAAAUCCAAGUUCACAGUUGAAAGGUAUAACAUUUUCUAAACUGAUCACAGGAACAAAGAUUCAAGGUACCAAAUGUACAGAUUUCAACCUUGGGCCAUUGUUACAACAUGUGAAUUCUUCUGAAAGGACCUCAAAGACAAAGCUUCAAAAUGUAUAACAUAAAGAAAGCUCUGCCAGUCCCCAGGUGGAAGUUGUGAAAUCUUCUGACCUGACCCUUGGAUCCAAGCUUCAAAAUGUGCAUUUGGUGUUCAACCCUGACCCACAGUUUCAAGGUGUGAAAUGUUCUAAAUUAAGCUCAGAAACAAAGUUUCAAGAUGUGUAAUCGG